GCGCGGGAGGACGGGCGGGCAGGCAGUUGGCACAGUCGACGUUGGCGCGUCUGAGCCUCGGGUGUCCGGAGCCAGCGAUCCAGGCAGCGGCGCCGCGCGGGGGGCUGCAGCGGGGAGGAGCAGAGGCCGGCGGCGCUCUGCAGGGCAGCCCGGGGCGCGCCCCAGCCUUGCCUGUGGCUCCGGACUUGGGAGCCUUCCCGGAUCGCGUCCCGCGCGGCCACAUGGCUUCGCUCCGCGCGCUGCUGUCCUGUCUGAUCCCCUUGUACUGCGCGCUCUGCGCAGCUGCGGACAGCCAGACCUCAGGGCCGCGUCUGUCUAGAAAGCUCAGUGACUAUGCUGUGACUGUGCCCUGCAGUACAGAUUUUCAGGGACGCUUCCUCUCCCACGUAGUGUCUGGCCCAGCGGCUGCAUCGGCAGGGAGCAUAGGAGUGGACAGGACACCCAUCCCACCACUGCGCUCCAGGGUGGCUCGCAGCCCUGUUGUGAGCCCAGACAGACGGACUUUGCCACCUGGCAGGAUGCAGCGCUACUUCCUCUACUUCAACGUGACCGUUUUUGGGAAGGAGCUGCAUUUGCGCCUUCGGCCCAACCGAAGGCUGGUGGUGCCUGGGGCCUCAGUGGAGUGGCAGGAGGAUUUUCAGGAGCUGUUCCGGCAUCCUUUGCAGCAGGAGUGUGUGUACACUGGAGGUGUCACUGGAAUGCCAGGGGCAGCUGUUGCCAUCAGCAACUGUGAUGGAUUGGCGGGCCUCAUCCGCACUGACAGCACCGACUACUUCAUCGAGCCUCUGGAGCGGGGCCAGCAGGAGAAGGAGGCUGGCGGGAGGACCCACGUGGUGUACCGCCGCGAAGCCGUGCAGCGGGACAGAGGAGAGCCUCACCAAGUCCUUCACAAUGAAGCCUUUGGCCCGGGUGACCUUCCCAACCUGCUGAGCCUGGUAGGGGACCAGCUGGGCGACACGGAGCGGAAGCGGCGCCACGCCAAGCCGGGCAGCUACAGCAUCGAGGUGCUACUGGUGGUGGACGACUCGGUGGUUCGCUUCCACGGCAGGGAGCAUGUGCAGAACUACGUGCUCACCCUCAUGAACAUCGUGGAUGAGAUUUACCACGAUGAGUCCCUGGGUGCCCACAUGAACAUUGCCCUUGUCCGUUUGAUCAUGGUUGGCUACCGGCAGUCUCUGAACCUGAUUGAACGCGGGAAUCCUGCACGCAGCCUGGAGCAGGUGUGUCGCUGGGCACAAUCCCAGCAGCGCCAGGACCCUGGCCAUGCUGAGCAUCACGACCACGUCAUCUUCCUCACCCGGCAGAACUUUGGGCCCUCAGGUAUGCAAGGGUACGCGCCUGUCACUGGCAUGUGUCACCCCCUGAGAAGCUGUGCCCUCAACCAUGAGGAUGGCUUUUCUUCUGCUUUUGUGGUGGCCCAUGAGACUGGCCACGUGCUUGGAAUGGAACAUGAUGGGCAGGGGAAUGGCUGCUCCGACGAGACCAGCCUGGGCAGCGUCAUGGCGCCCCUGGUGCAGGCCGCCUUCCACCGCUUCCACUGGUCCCGCUGUAGCAAGCUGGAACUCAGCCGCUACCUCCCGUCCUACGACUGCCUCCUCGAUGACCCCUUUGAUCCCGCCUGGCCCCAGCCCCCAGAGCUGCCUGGGAUUGACUACUCGAUGGAUGAGCAGUGCCGCUUUGACUUCGGCACUGGAUAUCAGACCUGCUUGGCAUUCAGGACUUUUGAACCCUGCAAGCAGUUGUGGUGCAGCCACCCUGAUAACCCGUACUUCUGCAAGACCAAGAAGGGGCCCCCGCUGGAUGGAACUGAAUGUGAACCAGGCAAGUGGUGCUUCAAAGGUCACUGCAUCUGGAAGUCGCCAGAGCAGAUGUAUGGCCAGGAUGGAGGCUGGAGUCCCUGGUCCACGUUUGGGUCGUGUUCUCGGUCUUGCGGAGGUGGAGUGCGAUCCCGCAGUCGGAGCUGUGACAACCCCCCCCCAGCCUAUGGAGGCCGCUCCUGUUCAGGACCCUUGUUCGAGUACCAGAUCUGCAACAGUGAGGACUGUCCCGGGCCCUACGAGGACUUCCGGGCCCAGCAGUGUGCCAAGCGCAACUCCUACUACAUCCACCAGAAUGCCAAGCACAGCUGGCUCCCCUAUGAGCCGAAUGAUGACACCCAGAAGUGUGAGCUGAUCUGCCAGUCAGCGGACACGGGCGAGGUGGUGUACAUGAACCAAGUGGUCCACGAUGGGACACGCUGCAGCUACCGGGACCCGUACAGUGUCUGUGCCCGUGGCGAGUGUGUGCCCUUUGGCUGUGACAAGGAGAUGGGGUCCAUGAAGGCAGAUGACAAGUGCGGAGUUUGUGGCGGUGACAAUUCCCACUGCAGGACCGUGAAGGGGACGCUGGGCAAAGCCUCCAAGCAGGCAGCAGCUCACAAACUGGUGCAGAUACCAGCGGGAGCCAGACACAUCCAGAUUGAGACGCUGGAGAAGGCGCCCCACCGCAUCGCCGUGAAGAACCAGGUCACCGGCAGCUUCAUCCUCAACCCCAAGGGCAAGGAAGCCUUGAGCCAGACCUUUACCGCGCUGGGCUUGGAGUGGGAACAUGAGGUGGAAGAUACCAAGGACAGCCUCAAGACCAGCGGGCCCUUGCCUGAAGCCAUCGCUGUCCUGGUGCUCCCCCCAGCUGAGGGUAGCCCCCGAGGCAGCCUGGCCUAUAAGUACAUCAUCCACGAGGACCUGCUGCCCCUCAUCGGGAGCAACAACGUGCUUCUGGAGGAGACGGAUACCUACGAGUGGGCGCUCAAGAGCUGGGCCCCUUGCACCAAGGCCUGUGGAGGAGGUAUCCAGUUCACCAAGUAUGGCUGCCGGCGCAGACAGGACCACCACAUGGUGCACCAGCACCUGUGUGACCCCCGGAAGAGGCCCAAGCCUAUCCGCCGGCGCUGCAACCAGCACCCGUGCCCCCAGCCCGGAUGGGUGACGGAAGAAUGGAGUGCCUGCAGCCGGAGCUGCGGGAAGCUGGGGGUGCAGACUCGGGGGGUACAGUGCCUGCUGCCCCUCUCCAACGGCACCCGUAAGGCCAUGCCAGCCAAGGCCUGUCCUGGUACCCGGCCUGAGGCCCGGAGGCCCUGCCUCCGCAUUCCCUGCCCAGCCCAGUGGCGAAUGGGAGCCUGGUCCCAGUGCUCUGCCACCUGUGGAGAGGGCAUCCAGCAGCGGCAGGUGGUGUGCAGGACCACGGCCAACAGCCUCAGGCAGUGCGAGGGCGACAAACCAGACACCGUGCAGGUCUGCAGCCUGCCCGCCUGUGAAGGAAGUCUCCAUAACUCCACAGCAACAGCAGAGAUCCAGGAACUCGUGACCCUAGCGGGACAGCAAGUGUCAGAGGCAGGGUCCUUGCCUCCCAUAAACAAGAUAUCGCCAACAGAGCCCUGCGCGGGAGACAGGUCCAUCUUCUGCCAGAUGGAAGUGCUUGAUCACCACUGUGCCAUCCCUGGCUACCACCAGCUGUGCUGUGAGUCCUGCUCCAAGAGGGUCUCAGGCCCCAACACCAGCCUAGACCCUGACCUGGCCUCUACACCCACCUCCCCCACUCCUGGGAGCCCCUUACCACAACCCAAGGCCACUCGUGACAUCAUGGAGCCUACCAUGGAGCCAGCAGGACCUGAUGACCAUCAGCAUGGCCGACCCACACAGCUCCCAGGGCCACCAGACAUGAGGUCCUCAGUCAUCCAGCCUCAUUCUGUCCCGCAGACCCUGAGCCCCAGAGCAUUUAGGGACACUUCCCCUACCACGCCCCAGAGACCACCUUGGGGUUGGACCCCAGCAUCUGUGACAGCCUCUGAGGACCAUGGGCAGCCCAGAGAGGAAUCGAGGCAUCCAGGAACCGGCCUUCCCACCACCUCCCCCGUAACAUGAGCCACACCGUGCCAUCCUGCCAGUCACGUUUACACUCUGCGUGCUGCCCUGGUGGACUCAGAGCUCAGGGGACUCAGAGGACUCAUGCAGCAGGGCAAGGGCAAGCACGGACUUCGUUUUUAAGUUAUUUGUCUUCUCAUUCUUGUUUGGGGCCAUGAUGCUCUUUCCCAAACGAUGGAGUGGGAGGCAGAAGAUCAGGGAAAGCCCAAACUGGAGAUACCUCAGCCAACAGUGCCAGCCUGGACCUCUCAGGAGUUCCUGGGGUCUCUCAGAACUGAGAGUCUGCCAGCGCCCUUCCCCAAGCCACCAGGGCCCAGGUUAGGUCUGAAGUUCAUACCAGAAGCUGUCAGGGCUGCCUGCUUUCCCAGGACUUGUGGGGACAGCAUGGCACAGUGGGCAGAGGGCGGUGAGGGUGUUCACAAGGCAGGCUGGGAGCAGGACCUGGAACGAGCACAGUGGCCAGGCCUCCCUCCUGUAGUAUGGGCUAGAGCACAGGCGAGCUCACCUCAGGCCCGCUGUCCUCAGUUGAGGGCCCCAUGCAGUUUCACAAGCCAAGCACUGGGGCAGGGGCCCUCUCACUUCUACUGGCUGGAGAGCAGAGUUUGUGGCUAUACUUUGCCACUGUGGAUGUCACUUGUUAUUCCUGAGUCAACGUUACAGAGCGGUCACACACCCAGCCCACGGAGGAGGAUGCCCAGGGCUUGCUGGCCCCCAAGUCCUCAUCAUCAGGGGUUUCCAAACUGGUGCUGGACCCCUGGCUGGACCAGGAGUCAGCCCUGCAGAGGGAGGAGUGGACCGGCCUGGAAGGUGACUGUGGGAUACGUGGGAGACGUGAUUUCUCAGGCUGGGCCCCUCUGUCAUUGUCCUUGCCAAAGUUUACUCCUGCUGGAGUCAGGGGUCUUCUCCCACUUGGCUUGAGCCAUGCCUGGAGUGUGUGAUGCUCUGAGGACCAGAAAGCUACUCAGCCAGGCCCAGAGGGUGAGAGGGUGAGAAGGGGGGGGCCUCUGGCCCCACGCUGGAGUGGGGAGGGCACACUGACCCGUGGUGCUACAGGGGCUCAGCCAGGCCAGCUGCCCUUCCUGCCACCUCCAAGAGGCAGGCAACAGCUCUAGGCUCUCUGGAUCUCAGGGAGUAGCUUCAACUUCCAGGAUGCUUCUAGGGGUUUUCAUUCCUGGGGUCUGGAGGGAUCUCAGAGCUCUCAGAUGAGUCUGGCUCAUAAAGGUGCUUGUCAGUCUCCCUUCCCAGGCAGCAAUGGGGUCCUGCCCUGCAGCCUUAAGUAGUUGGGGUUCCAGGGCCUCCAGGUAUUCUCCCAGGCCUGCCCUCCCCUCUGUAGGUUGCUGGGGCACACACCAAAGCAUUCCUGUGAGAACCAGCCUGGCCUGGGCAAAGGAGUGUAAACCCUGUGCUUUGGAGACCCGGAUCUCUGAAAUGUUAUGUAUUUAUUAACAUUGCCCUUGGUGUUUUGUUUUGAACUCCAAAAAGUGUUGCUCUG